AUGGCAGCCCACCAGUACACCUACGUGUUUGCUAUUGGCACAGUCUUCUCCCUUCUCGAUGCUUUCAACAACGGUGCCAACGAUGUUGCAAAUGCAUGGGCGACAAGCGUCUCCUCGAGAUCCGUUUCUUACAGAAUGGCAAUGAUAUUGGCUACGAUAUUCGAGAUCCUUGGCGCAUGCACCGUGGGAUCACGAACCGCAGAGACUAUCAAGGACGGCAUCAUUGCAGUCGAAGCCUUCAAAGGCAAUUCUGGUGUCCAGAUGCUCGCUUUCACCUGCGCCGUCGCAGCGGCAUCAUCUUGGGUUAUGUGGUGUACACGUAAUUCUACCCACGUCUCGUCCACCUAUUCUCUCAUUUCCGCGGUCGCUGGUGUGGGUGUAGCCACUGCUGGUGCCUCCCAAGUGCAAUGGGGAUGGCAUGAAGGAGGUGGCCUUGGUGCUAUAUUUGCUGGCCUAGGCAUGGCUCCUGUUAUUGCUGGCUGCUUUGGGGCGAUUAUUUUUUCGCUGAUCAAGGUUAUUGUCCACAUACGUGCGAACCCAUUGCCGUGGGCGGUCUGGACUUCGCCUUUCUGGUUUCUUGUCGCAACCACCAUUUGUACCUUGUCUAUUGUCUUUAAGGGUUCCCCUAACCUUGACCUCGAUGAGAAGCCCGGAUGGUAUGUUGCUUCGGUUAGUUUGGGCACUGGAGGUGGUGUCUGUCUUCUAUCCGCUAUUUUCUUUGUUCCGUUCCUAUACGCGCGCGUUAUUAAGAAGGAUUAUACCGUCAAGUGGUAUAUGGCUAUCAUGGGCCCGCUGCUCUUCUCCCGUCCCGCCCCUUCCGACGCCGAACAGGCUAAGGUCCCGAACUAUGCCGUUAUUCAGGAAGAUCAGGAUCAUAUCUCGUCACCUCAGUUGUUCGAAGGAAACGAGAAGGGGGACAACGAGGUUAUCGCCGUCACUGAGGUUCAGUCCACUCAAUUCAAUUACCACAAGCUUAUGGUGGAAGGUGAGCAGAGAUUCCACGCUAAGCUCAGGCAAUCCCCUGGUCCCCUUGGAUGGGCUAUGCGCGUCCUCCACAACAAUCCUAUGGGCGCUGGUGAGAUCUACGAGUUCCACAACAUAGCCGUCCUUUUUAAGCGGAUUCCUGCUAUGAUCGUUGUCGGUGCUCUCUAUGGUAUGCACUAUGAUAUUCAUGCCGCACAAACCGGUAUCUCGGGCACGCCGGAGGCCGCCCGCAUGCAGCGUGUAUACUCCCACGCUAUAAAGUACCCCAACGAGGUCGAGCACGGGUACUCCUUUAUCCAGAUCAUCACAGCCUGCACCGCAUCCUUCGCCCACGGCGCUAAUGAUGUCGGGAAUGCCGUCGGCCCUUGGGCCGCCAUCUACUCCUCCUGGAAAACUGGCGAUGUCACGGCCGCUGAGGCUCCCGUCCCCGUCUGGCAGCUGGCUGUCGUCGCCGUUACGAUUUGCGUCGGCUUUAUUCUCUACGGAUACAACAUUAUGAAGGUCAUGGGUAACAAGAUCACCUACCACUCGCCGAGCCGAGGCUGCUCGAUGGAAAUGGGAGCCGCUCUCACAGUGCUAAUUUUCUCGCACUACUCGCUCCCUGUCUCAACCUCCAUGUGCAUUACCGGUGCCACCGUCGGUGUUGGUCUCUGUAACGGCACUUUCAAGGCUAUCAACUUCCAGCGUGUGGCCCUUCUGUUCACGGCCUGGGUCCUCACCAUCCCUAUCGCUGGUACUCUCGGGGGAUGUCUUAUGGGUCUUGUCCUUAAUGCCCCCCACUUUUUGUAG